AUGUCUCUUAAUACUCUCCAGAAUUUUGCUCUGAAUAUUCUGAAAGAAACCAAGCACGUCGUGGUCCAGAAUGUCGAUGUUCCAGAAAUACCAUCGUGUUCGGAAUGUGGUGAAAAAAUUAUAAUCGUCAACUAUGAGCCAUUUACUAUCCUC